GCCUCGGAAGCUGCCGGAACCAAGGUGCUGCGGGAGUUGAGCGAGUCUCGGUGGAAUAUUGUCACUGGACCCAAUCAAGGCCGUUCCGUCUGUGCUUUCAGACGUCCGGGAUCGCUGUUGCUCGGGUGGAUCUUCAGUUUGCAGAAAUACAGGCCGCAGCAGCAAAGGAUGAACGGAGCUCUAGGAAAGGUGCUGUGUCAGAGGAAUGAUACCAUUUUUAAGCAAGCCUUUUCCCUCUUAAGGUUCAGAAUGUCAGGAAAGAAUCCCGUCUGUUCUACAGAUGGCAUUCUGCUGAGUACCAGUCGGCACUAUAAGACAAAGCCAACCCAUGGCAUUGGAAGAUACAAGCACCUAGUUAAAGCACAAGAGUCCAAGAAGAAGAGGGGAAAAGUGGAAGUGAGGUCCAUUAAUUUGGGGACAGAUUAUGAAUACGGGGUUUUAAACAUUCACCUGACUGCAUAUGACAUGGCCCUGACAGAGAGUUAUGCUCAGUAUGUUCAUAACCUCUGCAACCAUCUCUCCAUUAAAGUCGAGGAAAGUUAUGCGAUGCCCACCAAAACAGUGGAAGUGUUGCAGCUACAGGACCAAGGCAGAAAAAUGUCCCUGGACUCAGUUCUUUCCACCCAUGAGCGAGUGGUUCAGAUCAGUGGUUUGAGUGCCACAUUUGCAGAGAUUUUCUUGGAAAUAAUCCAAAGCAAUCUUCCUGAAGGAGUCAGAUUGUCAGUGAAGGAGCAUACUGAAGAAGACUUCAAGGGGAGGUUCAAAGCUCGGCCAGAACUGGAAGAACUGCUGGCCAGGUUGAACUAGCUCAUGGCAGACCCCUUCAUGCUGUGGCACUGGUGAUAUUGAGUGCCAAGGGGAAUAGCAUCCUGGGUGGUCAGAGUUAAGCAGGAGACCCUGACCCUUAGAUAUCAUCACUGCCAGUCCCCACAGCCAGGAAUGCCUUCUCUCCUCUGUGGAGCCUUGCCAGUUGUCACCACUUUCCUAUGAGCCAACCCUAGGUAUCCUCCUAAAAAUAAAAAUCUGCUGCUGA